GAGUUACCUGCGAGGCUGCGACCGCGACAACACUCAAUCUGUUGCGUCGUUUUAAGGAUCAGAGUCCGCUGUAGGGUAAAGGCUUCAGCUUUCUUCUCUAUCGGAAAAUCCCAUUUCGUUUUCUCCAAGUCUCUUUUUCCUUGAUCUUUUCCUGUACUUUGUUGUGAGUUUCAACUUCACUAGAGCUCAUGAACUGCCAAAUGUAGCAGCUCUUGAAGGAUAGAAAAGCGGAGACUUGCUGUAAAACAAAAAGAGACUGCUUCAUGGGUGGGUCGAAAAUACAAUUUUGAGCGAAUUGAUGAAAAUAAACUACUCAACGAAGCUACUCUGAAACCUGAUUUUGAAAAUGGAAGGAGCUUGUGGCCGGCAAAACCUUCUUAAUUAACUAUUUGAGUUCUGCAUGAAAUGGAUGGGGCAAAUAGAUUAUCUACCCAUAAAUUGGUACAGUGUCGGAUAUGUCAUGAUGAGGAUGAAGACUCAAACAUGGAGCCUCCCUGUUCUUGUAGAGGCAGUUUGAAGUAUGCACAUCGAAAAUGUGUUCAAAGAUGGUGCAAUGAGAAAGGUGAUACUAUCUGUGAGAUUUGCCAACAGCAAUUCAAGCCCGGUUAUACAGCACCGCCUCCACUAUUCCAUUAUGGUAAUUCCCCAUUGAAUUUUAGAGGUAACUGGGAGAUAUCCAGAAGGGAUCUGCAAAAUCAUCAGUUCAUAGAUAUGUUUGCUGCUGCUAAUCGAGAACUCUCAGACACUGAUGAGGAAUACUCAGUACCCUCGACAGGGAGCCUGGUCUGCUUUCGCAUUGUUGCAAUUAUUUUUAUCGCUCUUCUUGUUUUACGCCAUACCCUUCCAAUCAUACUCAGUGGAGGAGGGGAAUACUCGUUGACUAUUUAUAUGUUUCUGUUCAUGAGAACAAUCGCAGUACUUCUACCUGUAUGUAUAAUGGUAAAGGUAUUUACCAUUAUCCAAAGGAGACGAUUCCAGGAUCAGUACUCCUCUAUUCUGCAACAUGAGGAGAGUGAGUUGGAACAGCCUCAGUCUCGUGUCAUUCAUAUCUUGUAAAGGUCUCAAGACCAGCACAGUGAAGGGCACU